AUGGUGCCGAGCAAGCCUGUGCUGCGGUGCCAACGGAAGGGGAAGGGGAAGGCGAGCGAGGGUGGGGCUGGCGCUGGUGCUGGCGCCGUGGCGAAGAGAUCGGUCGGUGCUGGCGGGGACGGGAUGGAAUUGGUCGAAAAAAAGGGCAAGGGAAAACGACAGCGGGCGGGACAGAGCCAUAAGCGGGGCAGGCAAGAGGAAGAGGAUGAGGUUAAGCCGGUAGUCGUUCCGCCAGCGUUGGACAAGCUGUGGUCGGUCACGUGCGCGGCCCACUUCUGCCCGAUCAAGAAGAGCGACGAGGAUUUUCUCAGGGGCAAGCAGCUGGAGAUCCUUGGGAACUUCGGCGUUGCUCCCGGCACCAUGCGGAAGAGGGCGGAGGAGUUCGAAGGCACUUUUUUGCACCCCACCAUGGGCCCGGAGGAUAUCGGAAAAGUCCUCGACGAGGAGAAGAGCAAGGAGCUGAAGCUGGGUCUGGUGCCGGCGCUCGGGCGGCCCUACGAGGACCUGUGGGCGGAGGAGAGCUACGUGGAGUCGCUGGCGAGCCGGUCGUGGUCGUCCCUGGCGAGGGACUCGUCGCAGCACGCGGGUGCCUCCACAUCAGGAGCAUCGGCGGCGGCGGCGGGAGCGGGAACAGACACGGGAGCAGACGCCGCUGCGGCGAAGGCGGGGGGGGGGGGAGGCUCCGCGGAGGGAGAAAGGGGCAGCCUCCGGGCGGGCGGGCGAAAAAACAGCGGCGGCGGAUUCGGCUCCUUCAGCGGAGCGGCGGCGCUGCUUCUUCACGGUUCGUCGCCAUUGGCAGGUGGCGAUGGGGGGGCGGACGGGGCGGACGCCGUUGUGGGUUCCUGCUUGCCGAUGGCGAGGGACUGGACGGAGGUGGUACCGUCGCACGACGAGGCUAGCUUCCGGCGGUGCCUAGCGGAGAGCAGGUCGAGGGGGGGCGUUUUUGCGGGGAGGAGGGGGUUUUACUUGCAGAGGGGCGGCGAUAUCGACUGGGAGGCGGAGGAGGUGGAGAGGGAGAAAGAGAGGAGGAGGGCCGCGGCAGGCUUGGAGGCGCCACUACCACCCGACCUUGGGAAUAAAGGAGCGAACGGGAGCUCGCGUAGUCGAAGCCUUCCGGGCACGAAAUCAACAACAAGAACGCCAUCGGGCUCCCUUGUCGAGAUCGACGAGGGCGUCAUUGUCGCGAAAGCUUUCCGCUCGAGGGGCGAGAAGGACAGGGCAGCGGCGGCGGCGGCGGCGGCGGCGGCGACGGCGGCGACGGCGGCAGACAUUAACACCAAGAACGCUCCUCAGCACUCGCGGCCGCCGCGGAAGGCCAAGCGCUGCGCCGCUUCUCGCACGGAGAUAGGAGCUGGCCCCGGCGCUGCGCCCGCCGUAGCCGAGUGCCCCUCAAGAACAGGAGCGGGGGCCCCGGGGUACUCUCCCGUUGUUGGUUGCGGGGGUUCCUCCGCUGCCGCGGGGACCCCGCGGGCCGCUUGGCCUGCGAAGGACGGGAAUCGUGCGGUGACGUCCGGGGGCGACGGAGGGGCGGUGGCUGUCAAGAAGAGGACGAGCUGCCACAGGCAGGAAGAAGAGGGGCAGGAGGAGGACAUUGACGAGGUGUCCUGGGAACUGAGACGGCUCGCCAGGGACGAGGUCAAGGUUAACGCCAAGAAUCUCUACGCUCUCUCCGAGCUAGGAGCCUACUGUCGGCAGGAGCGGAAGGUGUACCAGAGCGUGUUCGACCGCGACGAGUGGGCGAAGGAUGUCCUCAGUAACGCGCUCCGCCUCAGCGAAGUGGGCAAGACCGUCGACCUGAAGGGGAAGCGGGCAAAGCCCCGUGGCGUCGGACUCGCGGACGACUUCCCCUAUCACGACCCGACCCAGCUCCCCGUCCUCGAGGCGCUGCGGAAGCAGACGGUGGCCUACCAGCACCACCAGCGCAACCAGGAGGAGAUGGGGGGCUUCGGGCUGGCGGAGAUUGAGCAGGAGCGUGCUAGGCGGGAGAAGGUGGCCAACGAGGCUACGGCGGUCGCGGAAGCGAAAAUGAAGGACUGGGAGCACGCGCGGCUGGCGGUAGGCCGGAAGGGGCAAACCGGGAGGGGACGCGGCAUCCCCAUCCCCGGGGGCGUGGCGCACCCGUUCCUCCUCGACAAGAAGACGGCCGACUUCCUGUACUCGGUAGGGACGGGCGACGAGGUGGAGGUUAAGGACGAGUGGGACGUCUGGUGCCGGGCGAAGGUGGUUGCUGUUCGCGGGGAGGGGGGAUGGGACCCCAAGAAGGACACGAACGUGCUUCGUGCUGUGAAGGUCAGCUUCGAAGGCAGUGGUCCCGCGAUGGAUGCUUGGUGUUCGGUUGAUGGAGGCAUGGUGGCUAAGCCCGGGACUCAUCUUCCUCUUUCCAAGCGACAGCGUGCCCUGGCGGCCAGAAAGGCCAGCGUGGCUGCGGCUGCGGCGGCGGCGGCGGCCUCGUCGAGGGCGGGCGCCAAGCCAAUCAGAAUCCGCGCGUUUCACGGCCCCCGGCCCCCACCGGGCAAGGACUCGACAGCAGCGGUCUCGUCAAACGGCGCCGCUAACGGGAGCGCAAGCGCAGACUCCGAAAAGGUUGACGUCCAAGGUGGUGCUGCAGCCGCUAGCGCAAAGCGCAAACGGACAGGGUCAUCGGACGACCGUCGACAAGGCAAACGGCCGGCAGCCGCCGGCGAGGGUUUUGGAGGAGGGGCGGGGUGCGUGGACGGGGAAACGCCGGCGGUGCCGGCGGCGGCGACGGCGGGUAUGGUUCCUAGACAGCCUCCGCACUCACUCCGCAAGAGCCCCACCAAGCGGAUUCUACGGGGCCUCUGUGGGACAGAUGGAAAAGGCACGUAGGCACGACGAACGGACCGGAGGACAACAGGUUAUGAGCCUCGCCGUUAGACAAAGCUUACCGCGGUAGGCGUGUUUGGCGGGCGGAGGUAGGCGCGCGGGGUGCUUUCGUCGGCAGGUGUUGGUCUGGACAGUGCUGGGGCGAGAGGAGAGGAGCCGUCGAUUGUUGUGUAGGGUUCUGGGAAAUUUUGGAGGAGGACCUCCUGUACAGGCUACUGCUACUAUUACUGCUCUUAGCUCUUUGACGAGUUUCUGCGUUAUGUAUCCUCUCGUCUUUGUUCUGCAUCUAUCUAUCUGUCUCUGGCCGUGCGUUGGCGUGACCGACGUCGAUAUUUUGUGUGAUGCAGGCAUGGCGUUGGGUGUGGAUCCGCUUAUGCUAUUUUUUCUGUGUCCGUCGGAUAGGUCAGCCAGCCAGACCACCCUUGAAAAACCUCACGGAGGGUUUGCUUGUUUGUUGGUUGCGGGCGCAACUGCUGUUCAUUAAUGCUCUUUGUUGUGUCGUCGGUGACUCCGAUGCAUCAUCUUGGGAUAGACGGACACAAGCAACAAGCAGCAAGCAUUCCGAGCCUAGGGCCUUGGGGUUUGUUUCUCUUCUUGAUUGAAAUUGUUUUCGAGUGUUCGGUUGGGAGAGGCGCGAUCGACCUUUCUUGUUGUUGUUGCCGGUCUUGAUGCUAUAUAUGAAGUCCGAGUGUACUGGUAGGAGGGGGAUGUGAAUGUACGCCCGCCCGUCGGUGGGGCGCUGGUGUGCUGGCAUACUUGUAUGUCCUGCCAUCGGCGUAUUUAUAUGCCGCCAUGGACAAGUGUAGGUCUGUCACCACAACAAGGACUUAUGUAUGUAGGAAAUCCUCCUCGAUGCGAUUGAUUCUUUCUUGUCUUUACUCGUGAUGGCGUUAGAGAGCAUGAGGUUUAUUGUUUCAUCACGGUGGGAGGGGUGAGAAGGUGGGAGUGCUUUCGGGAAAGGGCACAUCCAUUCUUGUAGUAAUAUUACCAAGGAGAGAAAAUACAAGAUGUUUGUGCAUCAUGACCUCCUCCGAAGGAAGGGACUACAUGCAUGCGUACAUGAUGAAUCAGGUGUAAGACGCGAGACGGUGUGGAUGAUGAACACGCGAUGCAAGAAAGUGUGUCGUCCAACGUGCUGCCGUUAGCCACAAAUAAAUCUUUGUUCG